AUGACUAUCUUCAAAGACACUGAAAAAAAAAAAAAAACAAGAGACGCGUUGAAAGCGAAACAAAAGCAACUCAAGCGACAUGGACUAGGGAACAGACCAAAAGCCACAACGGCUCUUACGGACGACGAAAUUGAGAUUCUUUUUGAAAAAAACUUGCUUGGAUUAAGUACACCGCAAUCUCUGUUAAAUACUGUGUGGCUAAACAACAUGAUUCGCUUUGGUCUUCGCGAAUGUAAGGUUCUAACAAAAAGAACUCCGCUGGGGAGACAUCGUUUUAAAAACUGACAGUGAUGGUAAAGAAUAUCUCGAGUACUUUGAACGCCAAACAAAGACUCGAACGGGAGAGGAUCCACGGAAUCAACCGCCGAUCAAGCCGCGAAUGUAUGCCAACAACGGAAUUCUUUACCCUCAGAUAUGAGAAACUUACCAAAAUCUACCUUUUGGAAAAAGAUAAGGAAUAAGCUCUUUGAAAUUUUAUCUAAAUCUGAUGACUAUCUUGAAAUCACUGAAAUCAUGUAUCAACUUAAAUUUAACUAGCUCAGGAACACAACUAAAUUUAUAUUCUCUGUGUAAAUCAUAUUGCAAUUAAAUUAGCUUAAUACAUACUAUAGUUUUAUUUUGCGACAGCUGGUACUGUUUGUAAAAUAGUUCUUUUUUUCUUUUCUUUCUUUAAAUUUGUGUGUCUCUUCCCCUGCCUCGAUUAGGCUCUCCUAUACGUGGGUGGAAGCUAUCGUGUAAUUGUAAAUUGAAAGUGAAUGAAUAAAGUUGAAGUUGAAGUUGAAGUUGAUUUCUAUCGAUCGUGAUCCGGUGCACGUUUACAAGCUGUACAAAGAAUACCGACCACCAUCCAUACUAGAACCGGAUUCAAGAUUCUAUUUGUCUGUAAAUUACUUUAAAACAGAAAUUCGUGCGUCAGUGGAAGGCAAAAACUGGUUCAAAGCACAACCAAUGGGAGUGAACAAGUUAAACCAGCAAUAUCAUGAAAGAAGUGACACAAGCGGCGGGAAUUUCAGGCAAAACAAACUACAGUGGUAGGAAAACUUUAGUGCAAAAACUGCAGUACAGUGAAGUUCCUCUCAACCAGAUAAUUCAAAUAACGGGGCAUAAAAACUUACAGUCAGUUAACAAUUACAGUUGUCUGCGAGAAAAGCAAAUGGAAAGUAUUUCACGUAUUGUUUCCUCGAGAACUAAAGCCGCUACCAACGUCGCACAGACCGAAAACAACUUGA